AUGGCAUUUGACUUUGUUGCCAACCUCGAAAUCAUUGUGGACGCCUUCACACCCGUGCGCGACACUCUGCGCUUUCCGAGAAACGUCCGGACGCUGAUCGUUGCGGGGGACCUGACCCUGUACGAGACUGAGGAGCUCUGGUAUGACUCGGGUGAGGAAGGCCCAGAACACGACCGUUGGAACGAGAUGUUCCUCUAUUGUAACCUGAGACAACAGUUCUACCAGUGGCGCAAUGCGACGCCGCACUUUCGGAGUCUGGAGGUAACACAUCAUCCAAAAGGUAAUGACAUGGACGGAAACUCCAAGCCAAUUCUCGAACAACUGUGCGAUGAGGAACGGGUACUGGUGUCUUUGACAAUGGAGGCAAGCCCACUUGUAUCCGGACCAUCCGAUUGA